CAUCUUGGGAACCUCCCAUUUCCUACAACCAAAACAACCAGACAAUUCGAGAAAACCGUAGCCAAGCUAUGAGUCGAGGCGGUAAACUCGCACCCGAGGUCAAUCGAGCUUUGUUCGUCAAGAAUCUAAGCUACAACGUCACUCCUGAGGAGCUCUUCGACCUCUUCGGCAAGUUUGGUCCAAUCCGCCAAAUCCGCCAGGGAAUUGCCAGCGGCACCAAGGGCACGGCCUUCGUUGUCUACGAAGACGUGAUGGAUGCGAAGCAGGCGUGUGACAAGCUGAACGGCUUUAACUUCCAAAAUCGCUACCUCGUCGUCCUCUACCACCAGCCAGACAAGAUGGUCAAGUCAAAACAGGACCUCGAGGAGCGCAAGGAGAAUUUAGAGCAGCUCAAGAAGCAGCACGGUAUCGAAUAACGACCAGACGGGCCUGCGGAUCAAGCACAAGCACCUACACCAGCACACACACCUCGAAAUGCGUUGGCGAGCACAACUUCCAACACCAAAAAGGCUAGGAAAGCUUCUACAAAAUCGAGAUCUGUAGGCCCGUCUACGAGGAAAGGGAGCGUGAUCUCUUCUUCCGGCACCAAACACGGGGAGGGGGCGAGAACGGGCGUAAAUACCAACAACUCUUCUUUCUUUGCUACUUUCUUUGGGGGACUGUUUUCCAAACGGCGUUGAUAAGGCACGGAGACCAGCGAAUGGCAGUGAUUCGGUGGCGGUCUUUGCAAUCGGUUUCUUCAUGAGCUUUACUGUCGUGGCUUGCUAAAUUGACACUUGUGCAGCCCUUGGCGCGGUCAGGCAAUCCUCUUCUUCUCCUUCAAAAUAAGAAUAUUCCUUCCUUGACUGUGAUUGGUAUCCAAAACCAAAGCCAUCAGUCGUACCGCCCCCCA